AUGAGGUUUAUAUUGUUUGUAUUGUUUGUAUGUAAUGCUGAAUCAUGUGGUAAGGUUUUACGGUGUACUGUGUGGAAUGGUUAUGCUCUGCAGAUUAAGGACGUUAUUUCUAAAAUCCCACCUCAUGAGCAUGUGAUGGUUGUUAUACAGCAUGGAAAGUGUAAGGAAUGGAAAGGUGAAUAUACUGUUCAAAGUGACAAGUUUGCAACACGAAUUUUUCUGAAUCAAGAAAUUGAUGAAGUUGAUGAGCUAAGGAGGAGGCAUAUAUUGAAGUUUGGACAAGGGAGUAGUUCUACUUCUCAGACGAUACUAUCGUCUCAGAGUAUUUUUCCAUUACAUAAAGAAUUUGUAACUGAAGGAAAUGUCUUAUGUUGCGGUUGUGACAAUUAA